CUCUCUCUCACACAUUUCGAUUCUGAAACUGAAAUUCCCAGAAUGACGAUCUCAAUCUUUCAUCUUCUUCUUCCUCGAGUAGCGCUCAUAGUCCUCUUGAUGAUCUUCCUCCAGUGCUCUUCCUUCAACUCAGCCUCUGCAUCAGUAGCGAACUACAAUGUCGUCAGUUUCGGAGCCAAGCCCGACGGAGAAACGGACUGCACCAAGGCCUUCCUCAGUGCAUGGGAGAAAGCAUGCGGCUCGGCUGAACCUGCAGCCAUUUACGUGCCGAGGGGCAAGUUCUUGCUCGGAAAAGCUGAGUUUACCGGUGAGUGUAAUAAUAAGGCUAUCUCCAUUACCAUCGACGGCACCUUGCUGGCUCCCUCCAAUUACCAUGUCACCGGCGGCAAUGACGACGACUGGAUCGUGUUCCACAAUGUCGAUGGAGUCUCGAUUCGAGGUGGCAUGCUUGAUGGCAAAGGCACUGCUUUGUGGGCUUGCAAGAACUCCGGCGGAAAUUGCCCUUCUGGAGCCACGAGCUUAAAAUUUAUCAACUGCAAGAACAUCAAGGUCACAGGGUUGACCUCAGUCAACAGCCAAAUGUUUCACAUAGUGAUCCAUGAAAGCCAACACGUGAAACUGCAAGGCGUGAAGGUGGCGGCUCCCGGUGACAGCCCUAACACCGACGGCAUUCACAUCGGAGGUUCAGACGACGUCACCAUACUCAACUCCAACAUCAGAACUGGGGACGAUUGCGUCUCCGUCGGCCCCGGCACCACUAACUUGUGGGUUGAAAAUAUUGCAUGCGGCCCUGGCCAUGGAAUCAGUAUUGGAAGUUUAGGGAAGGACGAGAAUGAAGAAGGCGUACGAAACGUGACAGUUAAAACGGUUAAAUUCACGGGAACUGAAAAUGGCGUGAGGAUCAAGACAUGGGGAAAGCCAUGCAAUGCUUUUGUGAGAGACGUCGUUUUUCAACACGCCGUCAUGGUUGACGUCAAAAACCCCAUCGUCAUUGACCAAAACUACUGCCCCGAUCACGACGGCUGCCCUCAACAGGCGUCUGGGGUGAAAAUAAGCGACGUGAAGUACCAAGACAUUCAUGGAUCAUCGGCGACAGAGGUGGCAGUGAAGUUUGAUUGCAGUUCUGAGAAUCCAUGCAGUGGCAUCGCAUUGGAGGACGUGAGGCUCACUUACAACAACCAAAUCGCUCAGGCUUCUUGUCGGAAUGCUGGAGGCACCUCUCAGGGUUUAGUUCAACCUGAAAGUUGCUUAUAAUUAGCUCAAUUUAAUUAGCUUAGUAAUUAAUCAAUUAAUGUAUUUGGUUUCGCCUUGAUGACUACAACAGAUCAUGGUUUUGAUAGAAUUAGUCUAGUAGUUAUC